GCCAGAGUUGAAAAGGAAGGGAAUGAAGAUCUAUCUCUUCUGAAUAUCAAUCCAUAACGAUAACCAUGAUAACCUAACAAUUGCGACCCGAUCCAUCACUGGCAGCACCUCCGUCCAUACUCCGUACUUUGAUUCAACCAGCCAAGACGGUGGCCUUUAUAUUUUUAGCUUCCUUUCUUUUAGUCUCUAUCAAUUUAGUCAACCUCUCUAACAGAGUAGACUAUAGACACACAAUUCUUACUCUCAUUCCAUAUCACACUCAUUUACGCCUCACAAUGUGCAAACACGUCCUCAACGCCCAAGUAGCCAUCCGUUCUCCCUGCUGCCGAAAAUGGUUCGACUGCGCCGAAUGCCACCUCGAACAAGAAACCCACCCGCUCACCAAAUCCAGCGAAAUGACAUUCGCCUGUAAAAAGUGCAAGAAGUGUUUCCGGAAGGACGCGACGGAGUUCGAUGAGAGUGACGAGUACUGCCCGCACUGCGAUAAUCAUUUUGUGAUCGACGCUGUGACGCCCAAGGCUGCGUUGCAGGUUGAGGGUGAUGAUGCUCGGAUUGAUUCUAGAAUGAUCAAGGACGACCGGGUACGGGAACACAAGGAAAAGUCGAUAUUCAAUUUCAAGGACAUAUCGGAUCGGCUAGGCUGAGUUGGAUCGAUCACGAUGGUUUACGAAAAUUACGAUCUAAUGCUUGCAUAUUCUCCGCGUCCCAACAGAUUCACCAUAGAUUACCUGUUGCACACUCGUUGGUUCUACAAUAUUGUGCACAUUUCUUCAGGAGCAUGACGCUGCGCAAGUCUCAUGAAUUCGAAGGAGAA